UCGGCGGAUACACUCUUUAGCGGAGAAUAUAAUAUAGGAGAGAGAAACAAGAGGGAGAGUGUGUGGAAACUUCGCCAUGCUACGUCAAUGGCAGUUAGGGUUUUCUGUUGAUCCCCCAAAGCUCGAUUCCCUUGCCAUAAUUGCUUUCUCCUCUCCCACUCUACUCGUCCUCCAAACCCUAAUUUGAACCUCACCCCCAAAAUUCAGUGUCUCAGCUUUCUUUUUUUCUUUUUGGCUUUUGAAAUUUUGAGUUGCUCCCUGCCAUGGGCGCGCCGGAGAAAUCGCAGACCAACACCAAUCCGAUGCAGCGUGUCAAGGUCUACCGUAUGAAUGAUGACGGGAAAUGGGAUGACAAGGGCACUGGGCAUGUCACUGUUGAUUAUUUGGAGCGAUUGGAAGAGCUGGGUUUAUUUGUUUUUGAUGAAGAAGACAAUGAAAACAUACUUUCGCAUCGCAUCUCUCCUGAUGAUAUUUAUAGGAAACAAGAAGAUACAAUUAUCUCAUGGAGAGAUCCAGAAUAUGCUGCAGAACUGGCUCUUAGCUUUCAAGAAUCUGGUGGUUGCUCUUACAUAUGGGACAAUAUUUGCAAUGUGCAAAGGAGUAUGCAUUUUAAUACUUUAAAUAGUGAGGCAUUUAACAGUGUAAACAGUGAGUCAAGGGAGUUGCCCGCUGUUGAAUUGUCAACGCUUCCUUUGAUUCUUAAGAUGGUGGUUGAGAGUGGCAAUACAGAUCAUUUGCGUCUCGUGGAACUAAUUUUAAGCUAUCAAGAUUUUUUUGGGAAGCUCAUGGAUGUUUUUAGAGUUUGUGAAGACUUGGAAAAUAUGGAUGGCCUUCACAUGAUUUACAAAAUAGUCAAAGGGAUCAUUUUGCUUAAUAGUACACAAAUUUUUGAGCGAAUAUUCAGUGAUGAGUUUAUGAUGGACAUUAUUGGUGCCCUUGAGUAUGAUCCAGAGGUUUCCCAUGUUAAACAUCACCGUAAAUUCUUAAAGGAGCAUGUUAUUUUUAAGGAGGCCAUACCUAUUAAAAAUACAACUGUAUUAUCAAAGAUACAUCAGACAUAUAGAGUUGGUUUUUUGAAGGAUGUUGUUUUGGCUAGAGUAUUGGAUGAGGCUACUGUUGCAAAUCUUAACUCCAUAAUACAUGCAAACAAUGCCAUUGUUGUUUCUUUAUUGAAGGAUGACAAUACAUUUAUCCAGGAAUUGUUUGCUAGGUUAAAAUCGCCCGCCACCUCUCCUGAAUCAAAGAAAAAUAUGGUUCAUUUCUUGCACGAGUUUUGUAGUUUAAGCAAGAGCUUACAGAUGGUACAUCAGCUUCGGUUUUUUCGGGAUCUGAUGAAUGAGGGCGUCUUUGACAUCGUCACUGAUGUCUUGCAAAGUCAAGACAAGAAGCUUGUUCUUACUGGCACAGAUAUCCUCAUUCUCUUCUUGAAUCAGGAUCCUAAUCUUCUGCAGUCUUAUGUUGUUCAACAGGAGGGAAUUACACUUCUUGGGCUAUUGGUUAGAGGCAUGAUAACAGACUUUGGAGAUGACAUGCAUUGCCAGUUUCUUGAGAUUCUUCGCUGUCUAUUAGACUCAUGCUCAUUGUCUGGAGCACAGAGGGAUACAAUUAUUGACAUUUUCUAUGAGAAGCAUCUGGGUCAACUGAUUGAAGUGAUAACAGCAUCAUGUCUUUCAGAAAAUGUUGCUCAUGUGAAUAGUAAAUCAAUAGAUCGUGGCCUAGUUAAGUAUCAGAGUGGGACAAAGCCAGAGAUACUAUCAAACAUAUGUGACUUGCUAUGCUUUUGUAUCUUACACCACCCAUACAGGAUAAAGUGCAACUUUCUUCCUAAUAAAGUAAUUGAUAAAAUUUUGUUACUGACACGGAGAAGAGAGAAAUACCUCGUUGUUGGCGCUGUUCGAUUUGUUCGUACUAUUCUAUCACGUCAUGAUGAGCAUCUGGUAGAUCAUUUUGUUAGAAGUGACCUUCUCAAACCAAUAGUAGACGCCUUUGUUGCUAAUGGUAAUCGCUACAAUCUGCUCCAUUCUGCUGUUCUUGAACUUUUCGAGUAUAUUCGUAAGGAGAAUCUGAAAUUAUUGCUGAAGUAUAUAGUUGAUUCUUUCUGGGACCAGUUAGUGAAAUUUGAGUAUUUGGUUUCCAUUCAUUCACUGAAAGUAAAAUAUGAGCAGGUAUUUUCAAACUUAUAUUUACCAGUCCUUACGCAAGCACAUAGUUCUGACUCAAGAUUAUGUGCUUGCUUGCAGUGUUUGGAUAAUGAUGGGGCAAAAGGUACUGCUAUUAUGAUUGACCUUCGAAGACGACUUGAUGAGCGUGCUCUGGAGAAAGAAGAGGAAGACUACUUUAAUGACAGUGACGAGGAGGAUACAACCUCUGCGUCUAUUUCACAUAAUCAGAAAGUGCAGCAACAACAACCCGCAUUAUCCAAUGGUGUUGCUGCAAGCUACUCAGAGCUAAGUCCAAGGUCUGGUGGACUGGUUGACUAUGAUGAUGAUGAUGAUGAAGAUUACAGGCCUCCCCCAAAGAAGAAGCCAGAAGCUUCUGAAGAGGAUGAAGGGACAAUGGAGUCUCUCAGUCGGAAAAGAAAAUUGCCUUCUAAGAACCCUGAGCUUGCAAAGAAGUUGUCCAAAAAUUCAAAAUCGAAAGAUAGUGUUUUUGCUGCCUUGUGUUCAACAUUGAGCCAGGCUGUGCUACCUGGUAAGAAACCUUCAAUCAACGUUCAUACCGAUCCUUGUAGAGAAGACAAUAAAGAAAAGGAACCAAAUGUUUCUAGAAAUUGCUGUGAGAAUAGCAAUGCAACAGCUGAAGCGAACCAUGUAGAGAAAGAAACUUCUGCCUAUAGAAAUUUUUCUGAUGGGCUGUACGGCACUUCAGAUAAUGGACAGUUGGGUGGUGAGGAACAUACAUUGGUUUCACCGAAAUCCUCCCCAGAGAUGGCCGUAAAUGGAUCUUAAGAUUUUCAAACCAUACAGAGGAAGGCAGAUUGUUUGUGUUAUUUGACCUAUGGAUUUGUUGGUGCAAAGUGGUUGCUGUGCCUAUGUGAAAGAAAUGAUUGCAUUCUACAAAGGGGUAGGUUCUGAUUAUUCCUUCUGUGGAGGACAUGUGGAAAUAGUGUACAGUGCCACUGAGAGGUGGGCAAGAUAUUAUACAGCAACUUCGAUCCUAUGCUUUAGUAGGCUUUUCGGGCUUAGAGCAUGGUAAUUGUUGCUUUUGUGUAACAUUCACCAGCAGUAAUUCUCUUUUUACCUUUCCUUCUCAACCUCUUACAGUUCAUUUUUCAUUCUGCAGAGGAUUCUGGGUUGGGGGGUUGAUCCUCUUAUCAUUUUUUACUUAUAAUAGUUAUAUUAACUUAUUGAUAGAGGGCGCCAAUAUUCGCCCUAUACAGGUUUUACUUUUUUUCCUCCCCAAUUUUUGUGGUGGAUGUGUUAUAGGGAUAUGUGCAGUGAGCUUCAACUUUCUAGGGCCAAUUUUUGCAAAUGUAGUAGGGGAGAAAACACGAUCCGAUGUAAAUCUAUAUUAGAUUGUAACUUAUGCGUUGGACUUCCCAUACAGUUCUGUCAUCGUAACUAAAAUUGCGUUGGUUAGUUAUUAUUAAUUCUAUAUUUGGGCAUUUCCUAA